GUUUUAUUGCUUCCGUGAUUUAAAGUCAGCUGCUGCCCCCUUGCGGAGAAGAUGAACAUGUGCAGCAAAAAUAAAAAAUCUACUAUUUUUACUUUCAAAUUACAUUGAAUGUGGAUCACUAAACUUAUGAAAUGACUAUCAUAUCAAAACAAGCCACAACACAGGAGAGCCAACACCUGAGCUCGAGAGACAGACGUGAGCUUAGAGACUAUAGACACAAUGACGCAACUAUCCCUCAGAGCACCAUGGCCAGCGCCCGGACUCUCCUCCUCGCGGUCACCUGCUGCUGCGCCUACCUGUGGCUCGCUCGUGCUGAGGACUCCUCACUGGAAACACGCUCGUUGGAUUUUCCUCUGAAAACCCAACAGGAAAAGGAUUUGAUUGACGCGCUACAAGAAGUUCUGGAGAAGCUGAGGAACAAAGAGAUGCCCUUAGAGAAAAAGCUUGGCUGGUUGCCCUCGUGUGACGCAGGGGAGCCAUGCGCCGUGCGUAAAGGCGCGCGCAUCGGCACACUGUGCAGCUGUCCCCGGGGAACUGCGUGUAACUUUUAUGUUCUCAAGUGUUUGUGAAUGAAGAAACAGGCAGAGAUUUCAGUGGACCUGAGUGACUAUGAAUAUGUCCCCACCCCAAGAUAAAACAGGGAAGGGAUUACUGUUGUCGUUGUCCUCGUGAAAAGCAUACGGUUAAUAAAAUUUGUCGUUAUUUCAUAAAUAUGAAGAGGAAUAUGUCUUGAAAUUGUUCAGUGUUCUGUUUAUGUCUGUCUCUGUUUCAGCUUUUUUUAUUGAUGUGAUACAGAGGGAAUUUAUUUGUAUUUGAUGGUGGCAUCUUGUGACUUUUUGGAGUUUUGUCAUAAAUACUUGUUUAUCAUCUGUGGUCUCGACAUUUGUAUGAUGAGCUCAGUGAAUAAACUUUUAAAUCCAA